GUCAGUCGUCGACUCUGGUCCCUGUAGCAGCGGCCGCGCGACACGUGUCAUGCUCGCCACCGACAAGACGACAACAUGAUGCGCCGGCAGCUGCACUGGUGCGUCGCCCUCGUGCUCCUCGCCGCCGCCCCCGCCGCCCUCGGGCGGCAUUCGCGCGAGGUGAAGAAGGGCGGGCGUGGAGGCGCCGUCGAAGAGCUGGCCAAUGAAAUGCACAUGCCCAGAUUCGCCGAGAGUAUACCAAACAUCACGGUGACCAUCGGCAAGGAUGCCGUUAUAGCCUGUGUUGUCGACAACCUCAAAAAUUACAAGGUGGCUUGGGUGCGCGUGGACACGCAGACGAUCCUCUCGAUCCACCACAACGUGAUCACGCAGAACCCGCGCAUCUCUCUGUCGCACAACGACCACCGCUCGUGGUAUUUGCACAUCAACGACGUCCACGAGGCCGACCGGGGCUGGUACAUGUGCCAAAUAAACACGGAUCCCAUGAGGUCGCGCGUCGGAUAUGUCCAGGUCGUCGUGCCGCCGAGCAUCAUCGACAAGGAGACGAGUUCGGACAUGGUGGUGCGCGAGAACAGCAACGUGUCGAUGGCGUGCAAGGCCGAGGGCUACCCUGAGCCCUACAUAAUGUGGCGUCGCGAGGACGGAGAAGACAUCAACUACAAUGGCAACGAAGUGAGCGUUGUGGACGGUGAGCUGUUGUACAUAACGCGGGUCAGCCGGUUGCACAUGGGCGCCUACUUGUGUAUCGCGUCCAACGGAGUGCCGCCAUCCAUCAGCAAAAGGGUUCUGCUGCGCGUGCAGUUUCCUCCCAUGCUGACGAUUCCGAAUCAACUGGAAGGUGCUUACAUGGGCCAAGACGUGGUGCUCGAGUGUCACACGGAAGCUUACCCAUCCUCCAUCAAUUACUGGACAACGGAGAGAGGCGACAUGAUCGUUUCAGCUCUGCAUGUUUCAGGGGACAAGUACGAAGCGGUGUCGACUGACGACGGCUACAAGAAGUACAUGAUGCUCAAAAUUCGCAAUAUCUCGCGGAAGGACUUUGGGUCCUACAAAUGCGUGGCCAAAAACUCGCUUGGGGAGACCGACGGACUCAUCAAACUCGAUGAAAUCCCGGUGCCGUCGACCACAUCGACCACUUCCACCACCAGCCAGCCUGCGUCGGCAGGUGGCAAGAAGCGAGGUCGGAGCAAACACUCGAAACAACGGCACAAGCAUAACGAGGUGGUCGGAGCAGCCAACAAGGAUUUCACCACCAACAGAUGGGAUCGCGGUGAGUCGAAUUGGGACGACAUGGGCCAGGACGAGAACCCUGACAUCCCGUCGGAGGGACUGGCCAUGGAGGACGACUGCGCGUUGUCCCGCGGCGCACCCUUGCUGCUGGCAUCGUCGUGUCUGCUCGUGUUGUGGUUCCAAUGAAUAUAACGAGAGGAAGAAACAAACACCCCCGAAAAAGACUCGCAAAUUGGACUGAGUUGGACGUUGCACCUUAAAAAUAGCGCUGUUUGCACCCGUUCUCUCUGUGUAUGUGUCAAGCCAAGCGAGAGAGUGCUUUUCGCUGCUGAUUUACCUACUAAUUAAUGAUGACUUAUUACGCCUGUACAUAUACACACAUUUACGCCGCGAAUAAUAAAUAAGGCAGCUCGUCUCGCGAAAACACAAA